AUGCUGUUCUGGCACACGCAGCCCGAGCACUACAACCAGCACAAUCCCGGCAGCUACCUGCGGGAUUUGACUAGUGCUCUUCAGAGGGAAAACGACGUCCUCGCUCUGCCCAUCUUCAAGCAAGAGGAGCCCCAGCUGUCCCCUGAGAACGAGGCCCGCCUGCCACCCCUGCAGUAUGUGCUGUGUGCUGCCACAUCCCCAGCUGUGAAGCUGCACGAAGAGACUUUGACCUACCUCAACCAAGGUCAGUCUUAUGAAAUCCGACUGCUGGAGAACAGGAAACUGGGAGAUUUUCAGGAUCUGAACACAAAAUAUGUGAAGAGCAUCAUCCGCGUGGUGUUUCACGACCGGCGUCUGCAGUACACGGAGCACCAGCAGCUGGAGGGCUGGCGGUGGAGCCGGCCUGGGGACCGGAUCCUGGACAUUGAUAUUCCACUGUCUGUUGGUAUCUUGGACCCCAGGGCCAGCCCGACCCAGCUGAAUGCAGUCGAGUUUUUGUGGGAUCCUUCAAAGAGAGCAUCUGCGUUCAUUCAGGUGCACUGCAUCAGCACCGAGUUCACCCCGAGGAAGCACGGGGGUGAGAAGGGUGUGCCCUUCCGGGUGCAGAUCGACACCUUCAAGCAGAGUGAAAAUGGAGAGUACACGGAGCACUUGCACUCAGCCAGCUGCCAGAUCAAGGUGUUCAAGCCAAAGGGAGCUGACCGGAAGCAGAAGACCGACCGGGAAAAGAUGGAGAAAAGAACGGCCCAAGAGAAGGAGAAGUACCAGCCGUCCUAUGAGACCACCAUCCUCUCAGAGUGCUCCCCAUGGCCCGAUGUGGUUUACCAGGUGAAUAGUGCCUCAUCCCCAAGCUACAACGGCUCACCAAACAGCUUCAGCCUCGGCGAAGGCAACAGCUCCCCAACCCACCCGGUGGAGGCCCUGCCCGUGGGCAGUGAUCACCUGCUCCCCUCCGCCUCCAUGCAGGACGCCCAGCAGUGGCUCCACCGCAACAGAUUCUCCCAGUUCUGCCGGCUCUUUGCCAGCUUCUCAGGUGCUGACCUGCUCAAGAUGUCCCGAGACGACUUGGUCCAGAUCUGUGGCCCUGCAGAUGGGAUCCGGCUCUUCAACGCCAUUAAAGGCAGGAACGUGAGGCCGAAGAUGACCAUUUACGUCUGCCAGGAGCUGGAGCAGAGCCGUGUGCCCCUGCAGCAGAAGCGAGAUGGCAGUGGGGACCCCAACCUGUGUGAAGGACCUGUCCUCCGCCCUCCAGUGUACCACGCCAUCUUCCUGGAGGAGCUGACCACCUUGGAGCUGAUCGAGAAGAUCGCCAACCUGUACAGCAUUUCGCCGCAGCACAUCCACCGGGUGUACCGCCAGGGCCCCACGGGCAUCCACGUGGUGGUCAGCAACGAGAUGGUGCAGAAUUUCCAAGAUGAAUCCUGUUUCAUCCUCAGUACCUUAAAAGCCGAGAGCAACGACGGCUACCACGUCAUCCUGAAAUGCGGCCUCUGA